CAUUUCGUUCGGCCAAUCCCGUUUCACCAGAUCAGAACUGAUUUCCGAAGUGUCAGUGGUUGCGAUUUGGUGACUCUCCCUAAGAAGUUUACGGUUCCUCCGAAAUUAAUCAAAACCGACAUAAGCAUCGGUGCGCCACAUCAGAAGUGAUAUCCGGCAAGCCGGCGAGAAAACAAGUACUUCCCAGCGAGAGAAAAGACAAACAAGAAAAAGACUGAAACUAGGUGUCGGUAAAAUGGGCACGUCAUCGAUCUGGAUGGUGGUGGCUAUGGUCGCCGGUCUGGCCACUUCUGGCUGGGCGCUGUACUCUUCGUCGGAUGACGUCGUCGAGCUGACCGCUAACAACUUCGACCGUAUGGUGGUCAAGAGCGACGAGGUGUGGGUGGUUGAGUUCUACGCUCCGUUCUGUGGUCACUGUCGGAAUCUGGUGCCAGAGUACAAGAAGGCUGCCACCGCUCUGAAGGGAGUCAUCAAGGUGGGCGGCAUCAACUGCGAAGAAGAACAGAGCCUGUGCGGUCAGCAUGGAGUUCGGGGGUACCCGACGAUCAAAAUCUUCGGAGCGAACAAGCGAUCACCGGUGGAUUACAAUGGGCAGCGUACGGCCAAGGACAUCGCCGAAGGGGCACUAGCCGAAGCUAAGAAGAAAAUCAAGAACGUCCUCGGAGGCGGUUCCAGUGGAUCAUCUUCGUCUGAUAGCGGUAGCUCCGAUUCGAAGGAUGUUGUCGAGCUGACCGAUUCCAACUUUGAUAAGCUGGUGUUGAACAGUGACGACAUUUGGUUGGUUGAAUUCUUCGCUCCUUGGUGCGGUCAUUGCAAGAAUCUGGCUCCUCACUGGGCCAAGGCUGCCUCCGAGCUGAAGGGGAAGGUCAAGCUUGGAGCUCUGGACGCAACCGUACACACCAUCAAAGCUCAGCAGUUUGGGAUUCAGGGUUACCCGACAAUUAAAUUCUUCGCCGGUGGUCCGAAGGACCGUGACUCCGCACAGGAAUACGACGGAGGCCGCACUGCGUCGGACAUUGUCAACUGGGCCCUGGAGAAGCACAGCGAAAACAUUCCAGCUCCGGAAAUCGUUCAACUCACGUCGGAGGAAGUUACCAAAAAGACUUGCGAAGAGAAGCCUUUGUGUGUUGUGUCGGUUCUGCCACAUAUCCUAGACUGUGACGCUGCAUGCCGGAACAACUACUUGACCAUCCUAGCUAAGAUGGGAGAAAAGUACAAGAAGAAGCAGUGGGGCUGGCUGUGGUCCGAGGGAGGAGCCCAACCCGAAAUUGAGUCCACCUUGGACAUCGGAGGCUUUGGCUAUCCGGCGAUGGCCGUCGUCAACGUCAAGAAGAUGAAAUACUCUCUGCUGCGGGGAGCCUUCUCCGAGGAGGGUAUUAACGAAUUCCUGCGAGAUUUGUCCUACGGCCGGGGGCACACGGCCCCAGUCAAGGGCGCUGCACUGCCAAAGAUUCACAACGUCGAACCGUGGGACGGCAAGGACGGACAGCUUCCAGAGGAGGAGGAUAUCGAUCUGUCCGACGUGGAUCUGGACGAGAAGGAUGAGCUCUAAGAUGGGUGCGCCGGGACGUUUUAGUCCAAGCGGAUCGUGUUAGAUUUAAGGCCGUGUCGUAGCAUUUACUGAACAAACAAAAUACAUGUCACACUUAAUUUCAUUUUGUGAAGGUGAAGUAAUAAAGCUCAAACUAAGAAUAA